AAGGUGUCUUUGGCUUCUCCACGGGGGAAAUGAAUGUACUCUUUGUAGACGAUCAGACUCGUCAGAUUCAACCUUCCAACAUUUUUUCUGCAACUUCACCGUUGCCACGCCUUAUCAGUUAUCGGCAAUAAAUGGGUGGCGAUUCUGGCAGGCAUGUGGAUGUGAUGCCGUAAAAGGAGAAAAAAUAACCGACGAAGGAAGGACGUUGACGAUGCUGAGGUAGAUUGCGGGGUCUCAUUCAGCUCCUUCAUCGGUUCUUGGACGGUUUCUGGGGAGGGAGACGAGAAGGGGUUCUGCCUCUCCGUCUCCGGUUCCUUUCGUUAGUCGCGGAAGGCAGGAGAGAGAGAGAGAGAGAUCAUCCUCUUGAUUGCGAAGGAAGGAAUAUAAUAUUAUCUGUCCAACGACGAAAAGCAGCGUCGGCAAGAUAGUGAGGGGAACGAUCCUCUUUAUUGUGAAGAAAGGAAUGUAACAUUGCCCCGUGCAACGAUGAAACGCCGCGUCAGCAAGUGAGAGAGAGAGAGAGAGAGAGAGGUAAUGGUGGAGGUGGUCUGAUUGGAGAUAGUUAAGAAGGAGACUCCGGAUAAAGUCUUAAACGAUCGCCACCAAUCUGACAGAUACGCGUCUCUGCUCUCCUUUGGCUGAGAGUAUCUGUCCAUCUCCUUCGCAGUGUCUACUCGUCCUUACGGUCCUUCAGGGCAGGAAGGCAGGGAGAGAGAGAGAGACAGAGAGAGAGAGAGAGAGAGAGGAGGAGGAGGGGGUGCUGAAGAAGAAUGGGGAGUUACAGGAUGUGCGGGUGUUUCACGAGGAAGUUCAGCGCAGGGGAGGUGCGACCACCGGACGAGGUCAAGGAUCUGUUCAAUCGCUACGCUGAUGCCGGCGCAAACGCGAUGACCGCUGAAGGCCUCCGGCGGUUCCUGGUGGAGGUCCAGAAGGAAGAGGAGGCGGAAGGGAAAACGAAAGCUGGGACGAUCAUCGACCAGAUCCAACAACAGAGAAAGUGGCCGCUGCCCAAGUCGCGUCACCCCCAUCUUUCCUUAGAUGAAUUCUACCACUUUCUUUUCUCCCCCGAUCUCAACCCCCCUCUGAAAACUGAGGUUCAUCAUGACAUGACUGCUCCCUUGUCUCACUAUUACAUAUUCACUGGUCAUAAUUCCUAUUUGACUGGAAACCAGUUAAAUAGUGAGUGUAGUGAUCGUCCCAUUAUAGAAGCAUUGAAGCGAGGUGUACGAGUGAUUGAACUAGAUCUGUGGCCUAAUUCCAAGAAAGACAACAUCCUUGUUCUUCACGGAAGGACUUUGACAACCCCAGUGGAACUUAUCAAAUGUCUGAAAUCCAUUAAGGAAUAUGCUUUUUCUGCUUCACCGUAUCCUGUCAUAGUAACCCUUGAGGACCACCUUACAGCAGACCUCCAGGCCAAAGUAGCUCAGAUGGUUACUGAAACAUUUGGUGAUAUGUUAUUUUACCCUGAAUCUGGAUCUUUACAAAAAUUUCCUUCACCUGAAUCCAUGAAGAAUCGGAUUCUGGUAUCAACCAAGCCACCAAAAGAAUAUUUGGAAGCUAGCAGUUUCAAGGAUAAUGGAUCACAAUCACAAAAAGGAAAAGAGACAGAUGAAGAUUCUUGGGGGAAGGAGGUUCCAGAUGUUAAGGAAGAAAUUGAAUCUGAUGCUAAGGAAGACGUGGAUACAUUUCAGCUGCAUCCUGAUGGGGAUGAUGAAUAUGAUGACAACAAGCUCAACCAAGGGUUGCAUAAAGGUGUCUCUGAGUACAGACGCAUCAUUACCAUUCAUGCAGGGAAGUUGAAAGGAGGGAUGAAAAACUGGUUAAAAGUUGAAGAGAAUGUUGUCAGGCGUCUUAGCUUAAGCGAGCAAGAACUUGCAAAAGCUAUAGCCACUCACCCAGGCGACCUGGUCAGGUUUACCCAGCACAAUUUACUGAGAGUAUACCCAAAAGGCAUUCGUGUUGACUCCUCAAACUACAAUCCUCUAAUUGGAUGGAUGUAUGGAGCUCAACUAGUUGCUUUUAAUAUGCAGGGGUAUGGCAGGUCAUUGUGGAUGAUGCAUGGAUUUUUUAAAGCAAAUGGAAGCUGUGGGUAUCUUAAAAAACCUGAUUUUUUGUUGAACAAUGGUGGUGCAACAUUUGAUCCACAAGCAAAGCUCCCAGUGAAGAAGACACUUAAGGUGAUGGUCUACAUGGGGGAUGGAUGGAACUUAGAUUUCAAGAAAACACAUUUUGACACAUAUUCUCCACCUGAUUUCUAUACAAGGGUUGGUAUUGCUGGGGUUCCAGCAGAUACAAUAAUGAAAAAAACGAGGACAAUUGAGGACAACUGGUCACCCUCUUGGAAUGAAGAGUUCCAGUUCCCCUUGACUGUUCCUGAGCUUGCAUUGCUUCGGAUUGAAGUGCAUGAAUAUGACAUGUCUGAAAAGGAUGAUUUUGGGGGGCAGGCAUGUUUUCCCAUAUCAGAAUUGCAGACUGGAAUCCGAGCUGUGCCACUUUUUGACAAAAAGGGCGAGAAAUUUAGAUCUGUAAAGCUGCUUAUGAGAUUUGAAUUGUCAUGAGAUGUUUGGUAAUGACCUUCUAGUUGCUCAAAUAUCCCUUCCAUCACAAGGCCUUUCCCAAUCCUUGAAACAUUGUUGUACCAUUUAAGUGGCUUGUACCUUCAUGUGACUAUCCUGUGCAAAACCAGUUGUGAAUACGGUAAUGUAUGUUAGAGUUCUUUGUAAAA